AUGGUGGCGUGGCCACCGGCGGCCUGCAUUGCUGCUUCUUGCGACGCCGUGGUCCGGCUGGCGCUUGGGGCCGUGGGCGUCCUUCUGCGUAGGCUGCUUCUUGCGACGCCGUGGUCCGGCUGGCGCUUGGGGCCAUGGGCGUCGUCUGCGUGGGCGGCUGCGGUGCGCGGCGGCGGCCGCUACCGCGGUGGCGCUGUAGGCUGGCCUGGCGGCAGGGCGGCGCGGCCGUGCGCGGGCAGGCGUGCCUUGUGCGGGCGUCAUCCAAUGGCGGCAUGCGAGCACGGCGUCGUGGGCGUCCUUCUGCGCGAGGUGCAACCGAGGAGGUUAGAGAAGGUGGAUAUCAGAGGCUUGAGAAGCGUCGCCAAGAUCAUCGGCACUGCCAUCUGCCUCGCCGGAGCGGUGUUCAUGGCGUUAUUCAAGGGUCCUAAGCUCCUCGGCGCAGUUAUGGUCUCGGCGACCGGUGACUGGGUGAAAGGAGGGAUCUAUCUCGUCGGAAAUGCUGUCUGCGUCUCCAUCUGGUAUAUCCUCCAGGUGCCUUUCUGCAAAUCGUAUCUUGAUCCACUAUCUCUAGCGACCUGGAUGUGUUUCUUAGGGACCUUGCAAUGUGUGGUCAUGGCCUUCUUCCUAGAGUCAAACUACUUGCAAAUUUGGAAGCUCAGCACGUUCUGGGAGGUCCCCUGCAUCUUGUACGGAGGAGUGUUUGGCUCAGGCGCAAACUUUUUCCUCCAAUCCUGGUGCAUAUCUGUGAAAGGCCCCCUUUAUAGCGCAAUCUUUACGCCCCUGAGUGCAGUGAUCACAGCAAUAUUAUCUACGCUCUUCCUGCAUGAAGAACUCCAUAUUGGAAGCAUAUUAGGAGCUAUUACUAUCAUUGUGGGCUUGUAUGUGGUGCUGUGGGGCAAAGCUGAUGACGUGAAGAGCGAGAGUCUGGCAAUCAAUUCUAGUGGUUCGAAAGGCGGAGUAGAUUCAGACUGUAUCGAUGUUAGGGUACAGUCUCAGACCAAUCUUUCAGAACCGUUGUUAUCUGACAACGGUGAUAGUAAUACUCAGGCAUGCUAGUUUUUAUUCUUUUUCUUUUUGCUUAAGGCUAAUUUUACAUUUCACGGAAUGAUAGAGAUUAUUGCGAUGUUUCAUGCUAAUGCCAAGCUUUCCGAA